UGGUGAUUCCUUAUUUCUGGAAGUCCCAUCAAUGCCAGCUGCUAGUGCUUACCCUUCUCUAUCUCAAACCCCACUCACUCUGUUCACUACUCUAUUACUCUCCCCAUUUUCAACCGCUCCAUUUUCAUAAAAUUUUUAUUACCAUUCUACCACUGCUGCGCAUGCUCUAUUUCUCUUUCUUCUUCUUCUUCUUUCUUAUCUCCUCUGUUUAUGCGAGAAAGUUGGAAGCUUUUUCCUUUUGUAUAGCGUAAAAAACAAAUAGGUGGAAGUGGAAGAAGAAGAAAAAGAAGGAAGAAGAGAAACAAAUGUCUAAUUAUUCUUUCUUAAACGAUCAGCUGUCCAAGAGAACCUCAAUCUUUGGUUUACGUUUAUGGGUUGUUCUUGGUAUCUGUGUAGGGGCUGCCAUAGUUCUUGUUCUUUUCCUUAUCUCUCUCUGGUUCACUUCUAAGCGCAACAAAACUAACAACAAUUCUGCACGCUCUAAAUUCAAGUCAUCUCUUAAUAAUCCCACAAUCCCCAGUGUCUCGAAGGAAAUUCAGGAGAUCCGUAUAGACCCAUCACACCCUACACCAGACCCGAAACCGCUGAGCCCGGACCCAGUACCCGAAUCGGAACCAGUUCUGCUUUUGCAACAUGAAGGAGACACUAGUCCUGUUGGUGGGCGAAACAGGAUUCACAUUGAGAUUGGGAAGGACCAUAGAAUAUCAUAUCCGGAGCGGGCUGGAGGGUCGGGUCACGGGAGUGGAGAGUCGCGGUCCGGUCCUCGUUCCGGUGAUCAGGCUUGCACGGCGAUUUCGGUGCCAGAGGUUUCACAUUUAGGGUGGGGUCACUGGUACAAUCUUAGGGAGCUUGAGGUCUCUACUAAUGGCUUCGCUGAUGAGAAUGUGAUUGGGGAAGGUGGGUAUGGAAUUGUUUACCGUGGUAUUUUGGAGGAUAAUACCAAAGUUGCUGUAAAAAAUUUGCUUAACAACAGGGGACAGGCUGAGAAGGAGUUUAAAGUAGAAGUUGAAGCAAUUGGACGCGUACGACACAAGAAUUUGGUGCGGUUGCUUGGCUAUUGUGCUGAGGGAGCUCAUAGGAUGCUUGUUUACGAGUAUGUUGACAAUGGAAACUUAGAACAGUGGCUUCAUGGAGAUGUUGGGCCUUGCAGCCCACUUACGUGGGAGAUUCGCAUGAAUAUAGUAUUGGGAACAGCAAAAGGGCUGACAUACUUGCAUGAAGGGCUUGAGCCGAAGGUUGUUCAUCGUGAUAUUAAAUCAAGCAACAUUUUACUGGAUAAGCAGUGGAAUGCUAAAGUGUCUGAUUUUGGCCUUGCAAAACUCUUAGGCUCAGAGAGAAGUUACGUGACAACUCGUGUGAUGGGGACAUUCGGAUAUGUGGCUCCAGAAUAUGCCAGCACUGGCAUGUUGAAUGAAAGAAGUGAUGUAUACAGCUUUGGGAUUCUUCUUAUGGAAAUCAUUUCCGGAAGAAACCCAGUUGAUUAUAGUCGCCCUCCUGGAGAGGUGAACCUAGUUGAAUGGCUUAAAACAAUGGUUACAAAUCGGAAUGCUGAAGGAGUUUUAGAUCCUAGGUUGCAAGAGAAGCCUUCUCCAAGAGCGCUGAAGCGUGCCCUUUUAGUAGCUUUACGCUGUGUGGACCCAAAUGCACAGAAGAGGCCAAAGAUGGGGCAUGUAAUUCAUAUGCUUGAAGCUGAUGAGUUCCCUUUCAGAGAUGACCGUAGAACUGGAAGGGAACAUGGGCGUCCUCAACGUGAUGGUGUGAAACCAGAGAAGCGUGUUAUUGAAUCAGGCGACAGUAGUGGUUAUGAAAGUAGUGCCCAGACCAAUAGAUCAUUGUGGAGUAAACAGGAGCCUGAAGAACAGUAAGUAGCCUUGCCAAACUCAUGUACGAGAUGACACUAUUCACUUUGUUUUAUUCAUAUUCUUCCCAUUCAGAGUUGGCAUUUACAGAUGUCCCACUCUACGUGUAUAUGCAAUGCACGAUCCGUGUUGUUAUGAGUUUGCAUUAUUUGUAGAUUACACAUCGUCUGCCAAUUGGGCAUAUAAUUAAUGUCUGAAGUACUGCUCUUCCCCUGAUGGAUCAUCUUAAUGGCAUAGUUUCAGCUAAUGACAUAUAUGAAAACCUGAAUUUUAUUUGCUUGUGCCUGGCGCUGUAUAUCAUUGCUAUGUGAUUCGUUGUAAACUAUGUGAUAAAUUAACUCGUGAAGCUAAUUUUGAAAAGCUAUAUGAAGCUAUGUGAUUCAUCCCCAACAAUUGUAGGACCUGAAUAGUUCAUUUAAAUUACAAAAUUGUUGCUUCCUCCAUUGUAAUAAGAGAAGUUGAUUUUCAGUGUA